UUUUGCAUAGCAUUUGUAGACAUGAAGUCCCUUUGUGCUAUCUUAGCUCUUUUCUCUCUUCUUUUGUUUGCCAAAACAACAUAUUCAAGAAGAGAUGUCGGGAAAUACUGGAAAAAUGUCAUGAAAGAGCAACCUAUGCCACAGGCAAUUGAAGGCCUCCUUGUUGAUAUUUCUGAUUCAACACCAAAAGAGAAAGCCGACUGCCAUGAAAAAGUGAAAAAACCUUUUGUUGGGGUUGACGUUGAGGUUGAGGAAUUUGAACCAAGGCGAAAUGCUUUGGUUUACAAUGCAGUUGAAGCAAAAGAAGAUAAGCAGCCAUUUGUGAAAGACUUUGAGCCCAGGCCAAAUGCUUUGCUUUACAAUGCAUUUGCAGCAAAAGAAGAUAAGCAGCCAUUUGUGAAAGACUUUGAGCCCAGGCCAAAUGCUUUGCUUUACAAUGCAUUUGCAGCAAAAGAAGAUAAGCAGCCAUUUGUGAAAGACUUUGAGCCCAGGCCAAAUGCUUUGCUUUACAAUGCAUUUGCAGCAAAAGAAGAUAAGCAGCCAUUUGUGAAAGACUUUGAGCCCAGGCCAAAUGCUUUGCUUUACAAUGCAUUUGCAGCAAAAGAAGAUAAGCAGCCAUUUGUGAAAGAUUUUGAGCCCAGGCCAAAUGCUUUGGUUUACAAUGACUAAGAGGUUGAAUUAUUGCAAUUCUGGUGGUGUUAUUGUAAAAUAUAAGCUUGCUGGGCUUGUACGUAGCUUCUAAGCUUCUAUGUACUGAAAAAAAGAAGCCACUGGCUCUGAGAAAAGUCUAUGUUUUAUGUUGUACGUAGCUAGGUCAUGAAUGUAAUUUUCAGUUCUAAGUUAAUAAAAGGAAU